UGUAUAAAUGCAGCUGCUCAACAAUGAAUGAACUCCCCACCAUUUCCAUAGAACAUUCACCCAAAAAACCAAAGACAAUGAGCUUCUCUCCCUGAAUAUUUAGCCAUUUAAAGGAAUUACUGAGAGAGAGAGAGUGAGAAAAAAAAGGCUAUUGGUUUGUAUUUUUUAAAUUUGAAAGCCUGAAACAGAGAGGGGGCUUACUGGGUUUUGGAGGAGUUUUCUCAAUGUGGAGUAUGAGAGAUAAUACAUUGAUUUUUUUGUUGUUGUUUUCAUGGGUUUGUUCUGUAAGAGCCUCUGUUUCUUAUGACCACAAAGCUGUUACCAUCAAUGGGCAGAGAAGGAUUCUUAUUUCUGGGUCCAUUCACUACCCAAGAAGCACUCCUGAGAUGUGGCCGGAUCUUAUACAGAAGGCCAAAAAUGGAGGCUUGGAUGUUAUACAGACAUAUGUCUUUUGGAAUGGACAUGAACCUUCUCCUGGCAAUUAUUAUUUCGAGGAUAGGUACGAUCUGGUAAAGUUCAUCAAGCUUGUUCAACAAGCAGGCAUGUAUGCUCAUCUCCGAAUAGGCCCUUAUAUCUGUGCUGAGUGGAACUUUGGGGGAUUCCCUGUUUGGCUAAAAUACGUCCCUGGCAUUGCCUUCAGAACAGACAAUGGGCCCUUCAAGGCUGCAAUGCAGAAAUUUACACAGAAGAUUGUGAGCAUGAUGAAGGCAGAAAAAUUGUUUGAAACUCAAGGAGGACCAAUUAUUCUUUCACAGAUUGAAAAUGAAUUCGGGCCGGUGGAAUGGGAGAUUGGUGCACCUGGUAAGGCUUAUACUAAAUGGGCGGCUCAGAUGGCUGUGGAUCUUAACAUAGGAGUUCCAUGGAUUAUGUGCAAGCAAGAAGAUGCUCCUGAUCCAGUUAUUGACACUUGUAAUGGAUUCUACUGUGAAAACUUCAAACCAAACAAGGAUUAUAAACCCAAAAUGUGGACAGAGAAUUGGACUGGCUGGUAUACAGAGUUUGGUGGUGCAGUGCCUUAUAGACCAGCAGAAGACAUAGCAUUUUCGGUUGCAAGGUUCGUACAAAAUGGUGGUUCAUUUGUCAAUUACUAUAUGUACCAUGGAGGAACUAACUUUGGCCGGACUUCUGGCGGUCCCUUCAUUGCAACUAGCUAUGAUUAUGACGCCCCUAUUGAUGAAUAUGGACUGUUGAGGGAACCAAAGUAUGGACAUUUGAGGGAUUUGCAUGAAGCCAUCAAGCUAUGUGAACCUGCUUUAGUAUCUGUAGAUCCCCAGGUGACUUCACUCGGGGGAAGUCAAGAGGCUCAUGUCUUCAAGUCAAAGUCGUCUUGUGCUGCAUUCCUUGCAAACUAUGAUACAAAAUCGUCAGCAAAAGUGACUUUUGGGAAUAUGCAGUAUGACCUGCCACCAUGGUCGAUUAGCAUUCUUCCCGACUGCAAGACUGCCGUUUUUAACACAGCAAGGCUUGGUGCCCAGAGCUCACAGAAGAUUAUGAUACCUGCGGGAAGUGCCUUCUCAUGGCAGUCAUUUAUUGAAGAAACAGCCUCUGCUGAUGAUGGCGAUGUAACUACGCUGAAUGGAUUGUAUGAGCAAGUAAAUAUUACCAGGGAUGCUACAGACUAUUUAUGGUACAUGACAGAUGUCAAGAUUGACCCUGAUGAAGGAUUUCUGAAGAAUGGACAGAAUCCUCUUCUCACAAUUUUUUCAGCUGGCCAUGCUUUGCAUAUUUUCGUCAAUGGCCAAUUGUCAGGAACUGCGUAUGGGGCAUUAGACAGUCCGAAAGUAACAUUCAACGACAAUGUGAAGUUGAAUGCCGGAAUAAACAAGCUUUCUUUCUUGAGUGCAGCUGUGGGUCUUCCGAAUGUUGGCCUGCAUUUUGAGACGUGGAAUGCUGGAGUUCUAGGACCAGUGACAUUGAAGGGGCUUAAUGAGGGGACAAGAGACUUGUCUAGGCAGAAAUGGUCUUACAAGAUUGGUUUGAAAGGAGAAUCAUUGAGCCUUCACACUGUUAGUGGGAGUUCCUCUGUAGAAUGGGUGGAAGGAUCAUUAUUGGCUAAGAAACAACCCCUGACAUGGUAUAAGUCUGCUUUUGAUGCACCAGCAGGCAACGACCCAUUGGCAUUAGAUAUGUGGAGCAUGGGGAAGGGUCAAGUAUGGAUAAACGGUCAGAGCAUUGGACGCCACUGGCCUGGUUAUAUAGCACGCGGAAAUUGUGACGAUUGUACCUAUGCUGGAACCUACAAUGAUAAAAAAUGUCGCAGCAAUUGUGGAGAGCCCUCCCAAAAAUGGUACCAUGUUCCAAGAUCGUGGUUGAAGUCGAGCGGAAACUUGUUGGUUGUGUUUGAAGAAUGGGGUGGGGAUCCUAGUGGGAUAUCUUUGCUCAAAAGAACCACAGGAAGUGUCUGUGCUGAUGUAUUUGAAGGGCAGCCAUCAAUGAAGAACUGGCAUAUGCUAGCCUCUGGCAAAGACACUAGUCCUAAAGCACAUCUAUGGUGUCCUGCAGGGCGGAAAAUCUCGAAAAUAAUGUUUGCAAGCUAUGGACUGCCACAGGGGAGAUGUGGAAACUUUAAGGAGGGGAACUGUCAUGCCCACAAGUCAUAUGAUGCUUUUGAAAGGAAUUGCGUUGGAAAACAAUCUUGUUCGGUUACUGUGGCUUCUGAAGUUUUUGGUGGAGAUCCAUGUCCAGCAAGCAUGAAGAAGCUUUCAGUGGAGGCUGUAUGCAGCUGAAGUCCAAUUUAAUUUUUAUUUUUUUUUUUGAUAAGCAAUUGAAUUUUUACUUAAAAACAAAAUAAAUGAAACUACACAUGCAAUUUGGCCAAAGGCUGAUGCUGCUUGUGUAGUUUUUUGAAAUACCGUUGAGAAAUAUGUUUCUCAUUGGAAUC